AUGGCGGAUUCAAGCAGCACUGCAGCAGUUGGGGCCGAAGGCUCCAACAGCGCUGCUGCUGCCGAGGCGACUGGCACUGUUGCGCAGGAUGUAGCGCCCGAAGCUGCGGGGUCCAGGCCCGAGACAGUGAAGGGACAGAAUUUUGACGUGGCCCCCCGCUACACAAACCUCUCUUACAUUGGAGAGGGAGCCUACGGAAUGGUUUGCUCUGCUGUGGACAACUUAACAAAUCAGCGCGUUGCCAUCAAGAAGAUCAGCCCAUUCGAGCACCAGACGUACUGCCAGCGCACGCUGAGGGAAAUCAAGAUCCUGCUGCGUUUCCACCAUGAGAACAUCAUCGGGAUCAAUGACAUCAUCAGGGCACGGCACAUCGACAACAUGAGGGAUGUCUACAUCGUGCAGACUCUGAUGGAGACAGACCUGUACAAGCUGCUGAAGAGCCAGAGGCUAAGCAACGACCACGUCUGCUACUUCCUCUACCAGAUCCUGCGCGGCCUCAAGUACAUCCACUCCGCCAAUGUGUUGCACCGUGACCUCAAGCCCUCCAACCUGCUCAUCAACACCACCUGCGACCUCAAGAUCUGUGACUUUGGCCUGGCGCGGAUAGCCGAUCCCGAGCACGACCACACCGGCUUCCUGACUGAGUAUGUGGCCACACGUUGGUACAGGGCCCCAGAAAUCAUGCUCAACUCAAAGGGCUACUCAAAGUCAAUUGACAUCUGGUCAGUGGGCUGCAUCCUGGCUGAGAUGCUGUCCAAUAAGCCCAUCUUCCCUGGGAAACAUUACUUGGAUCAGCUCAACCACAUACUGGGCAUUCUUGGCUCUCCCUCCCAAGAAGAUCUCAACUGCAUCAUCAACAUGAAGGCAAGAAACUAUCUGCAGUCUCUGCCUCAAAAACCGAGGGUCCCCUGGGAAAAGCUCUUCCACACGGCAGACAAGAAAGCCCUGGAACUGUUGGGCCGCAUGCUCACCUUUAACCCCUUGAAGCGCAUCAGUGUUGAGGAAGCCCUGGCUCAUCCUUACCUGGAGCAGUACUACGACCCCACAGAUGAGCCUGUUGCCGAGGAGCCCUUUACUUUCUCCAUGGAGUUAGAUGACCUUCCCAAGGACAAGCUGAAGGAGCUGAUCUUCAACGAAACGGCUCGUUUCCAGGAAAACUACCAGGGCUCCUGAGACAAAGUCCCAUAGCGAGUGAUAAAGCCGCACCGAUUUGAAAAAGAAGACCCCCCCAAACAACAUGCUAAAAUGAAAGGAAGACAAAAAAAAAAAGGAAAAAAAUAAGCAUCUUCAAGAAACCACCAAAAAG